AAAAUGAGUCGCUUCAAGAACCUUGACGGCUCUAUAGAAGCGCGACCAGAUCCUCAAAAGCGGAAGCGCGAUUGGGAUGAAGUGCAUCAACCAUAUCUAGCCAAAAAGCAGAAGCUCCACCAAGGCAGACUACAGCUUCCCAUAUGGCCUCGCGCAAAGGAAAUCCGCGCAUGCCUUUCUGGUACCCAGGAUGUGCUCAUCUUGACAGGAGAGACGGGAAGCGGAAAAUCGACUCAAGUCCCCCAGUUCCUCCAGGAAGCGUCGUGGUGCUCGGGGAAAAUCGCCGUGACGCAGCCACGGAGAGUGGCAGCCAUCAGUUUAGCUCGACGUGUCGCAGAGGAGAUGGGCUCACCUCUUGGCUCAUCGAGUCGGCUCAGUAAAGUUGGGUACAGUGUGCGAUUUGAUGAUAACACGAGCGAGAGCACCAGGAUCAAGUAUCUCACGGAAGGUAUGCUUCUGCAGGAAAUGCUAAGAGAUCCCAAGUUGAAACAGUAUAGCUGCGUGGUGGUGGAUGAGGUGCACGAAAGGUCUGUGGACGUGGACCUCAUUCUCGGGUUUUUGAAGGGAUUAGUGCGGGAGAGAAGACGCAAGGGCAAGGUGCUCAAGGUGGUCGUCAUGAGUGCUACCGCUGAUGUUGAGAGUUUGAGAGAGUUCUUUGCCCGAGACGGAAUUCAAGAUCGCGAAGUCGCUCAAUCAGACCGAGUAGCUCUCUGCCAUGUGGAAGGCCGACAGUACCCGGUAAAACUGCAAUAUACAUCCAGUCCUGCAGAAGACGUUAUAGAUGCAGCGCUACAACGAAUCUUCCAGAUACAUUGCAAAGAGCCUAUGCCUGGCGACAUCCUGGUAUUCCUUACAGGUCAAGAAGCUAUUACCGGCCUGCAGAGACUGAUCGAAGAAUUCGCAUCAAACCUCACCGCCGACUUCCCGAAACUGGUGGUGUUACCACUCUAUGCUGCACUGCCCCAGCAAGCCCAGCAGCGUAUCUUUGAGAGAGCACCCCCAAACACGAGAAAAGUCAUAUUAUCCACCAACAUUGCCGAGACUUCUGUAACGGUCCCUGGAGUACGAUUCGUGGUUGAUACGGGUAAAGCCAAGAUCAAGCAAUUUCGACCACGUCUGGGAAUUGAGUCUCUUCUCAUCAAGCCCAUAUCACGAUCCUCUGCAGACCAACGCAAAGGCCGUGCUGGCAGAGAAGGCCCCGGCCAGUGCUUCCGAUUAUUCACCGAAGCAGACUACAAGUCUCUCGAGCAGAACACGAGGCCUGAAAUAUUGCACUGCGAUCUGACAGGCGCGGCACUCAAGAUGAAAGCUCGAGGAAUUGACGACGUCUUCGGAUUCCCUUUCCUCACUCCACCCUCUCAGCAGGCCAUGGGUAGCUCACUGAUCCAACUCCACCAGCUAGGUUGCAUCGACGACGCUGGCAAAAUCACAGAAGUGGGUCUCAAAGUCGCUCGUCUUCCCUUGCCACCUCCACUCGGACGUGUGAUCUUCGAAUCCACCCGCCCGGACAGAGACUGCCUUCUCGAAGUCAUCGAUAUCGUCGCGGCACUUGAUGUGGAGAGUAUAUGGCUCCCGGCUGAUACGGAAGAAGCCCGAGAGAAAGCUCAGGAAGCCCGUUCGCAGCUUUUCUCCCGGAAGGGAGAUCACAUCACGCUGUUGAAUGCUGUACGCGGGUACGUCGAGGAGCAUACGGAUCGAAAGCGAUGGUCUACCGAUCGUAUGAUCUCUCAUCGCAGCAUGCAAAAUGUCAUGGACGUUCGCAAACAACUCCAAAUCCAAACCAAAGAUCUCCUAGAGGGCAAAAAGCAGCAGCAGCAGCAGCAGUCGCCGACGGUCCGGGAGACAAUUUCCGAAGAAUGCCAGGACGCGAUUCUCAAGUGCUUUCUGCGAGGUUUCAGCUCCAAUGUGGCACGCCUCUGCCCGGAUAAAACUUACAAGACGUUUGUCAAUAAUAACCAGACGGUGGCGAUUCAUCCGUCUUCGACGCUCUAUGGAGCCAAGCGAGAGGCUAUCAUGUUUAAUGAUUUCACGUUCACUACGAAGCCGUGGGCUAGGAAGGUUUCGGCGAUUGAGUUGAAGUGGUUGGAAGAGGUGGAUUAUUUGAUGCAGAGCUAAAGCUAGAUCGAAUUUGAAGAUGGGAUGAUUGGAAUUCCAAAACAAGUGCUAGAUUUUCUCUCGAUUCGAAAAUGAUUCGACGGAAACUAAGUAGAAACGCUAUGAGCUUGGAGGAAGAAC